CACACACACACACGGGGUGCGGCCAACGAUGGUGAAGGCCCCGACCAUGGGUCCGUCCGCCGGUACCCAGGGAAUCAGGAAGAUUCACCCUGGCCCCGAGAUCGCGAUGAAUCCGAGGAAUCUGCCGACCGCCAACGCCACUACACCUCCCAGCAUCCGAACAGAUGGCAAGACCACCUCGAUGUAUCAUCCCCAGGUGGACGUCUCGACCCAGGUGGAUCUGCACGGUGGUUUCGGGGCGCCAGCUGGCAGCAUCAGCAUCGACUGGGAUCGCAGGGCGACCCCGUUGUACUCGCGCGAGGACAUCAAGGAGCAGUAUUGCAUAACCAGCCGGCAAUUGGACGCGGUGGAGAAGUCGGGCGGUGGCUUCUUCGGCUGCCUGUCGACCAGGGGCCCGUCACCGUGCACCUCCGCGAGGACCUCGAUCCUAUCCGCCUGCGUGAGGAGCGUGCCAAGCGAUGAGAACCUCUGCGACGCUCCUUACCCACGACGAUCCCUGCAGAUCAUGUACCGGCAGCCCUACCCGACCUACUCGAGGGGUUUGUCCCGUUACGACUUCGAGGACGAGGCCGACUGGAUCGAGAGUUCCUACUUCCGGCGCAGACCCAGGUCCUUCUGCACCGUCCCCGACCCGAAAAGGUACACAUGGCUACCGGAGGACGAAGAGUCAACGAAAUUGGAGGGCCCUCGGCCUGUGUUGCCGCCAGCACCACCGCCGCCCACCUCCCAGGCACCGAAAACGAAGCACGUGAGCUUCGCGAGAUCGCACACUCUCACGUCCUUUGACGUUCCAAGGAGCAGAAGCCCGCCGAGACCGCAGAACCAGGAACGCCUCAUAGAUUCACAGCCAACGAUACAGAACGCCAUGCUUCCUUCAACUUUACCCAUGAUGCAUCCGUACACCGCUAACGAGCCCCGAGUUAUUGUCCUCGAGAAGCCACCGAAACGCGGAGCGAUGAAAACCCAGGCGACGCAGACGGAGAUGCCAGCCGUGUUCCGUGGCCGAGUGCCGGUCACGCUCAGCCCCCGAACGAUCCAUCGGGUGAAGAUGGUGUCGCAAGGGGCGCAGACCAACGGCCUGUUCAACGGCAGAAAGUUGACGAAGAGCUACUCGGAGGCCGGGCAACUGGGCACGCCGUUGGGAGGUCAGGCCGGCGCGGCUGGCAAGGAUGAAACGGAGCAUCACGAACCUCUUCACAGAACCCAGAGCGAGGAACCACCGAGGUCGCCGUUCCUCGUCGACACGCCACCCCCUCAGGGACACGUUGAACAGCCCUUGACCAACGGUGACAUCUCCGAACCUAUCAUGGUCCACUCCCCAGGUCGUCAAAGGUCCGUCGAUUUGGAUGACCAAGAGAUCCUCAUAGACUUCAAGCCAGCGCCCGUGUCGCCGGACGCUCGCGCGCUUCUGAACCGGAUGUCGCAGACGACGCGGAGGUUCCUACCGUUGCAGAAGACUCUGUCAGACGGUGAAAUUCGCGUGGAGAGACGCGAGUUGAUCGGCGAAGCCGGCGAGCCGAGUUACCCUCACACGUGCAGGAGGAAUCAUCAGGACCCCUGGGGGAGAACCGUCAGAGCAACCGUCCAAUUCUCCUCGACGCCCGAGGACCUGUCCUUGCUCAGGGUCGCCUCGCCCCAAGAGGAUCAUCCCGAAGAGGAGUUUCACGAGAAUCUCAUCCGACGAGGACUAUUCCGCAAGAGGAGCGUGUCAUUGGAGGAUGGCGUGCAAGGCUUGGCGUCAGACGAUUUUAUGUUACCUAGAUCGCUCCCCACGUCCCCCACCUCGCCAACCGCGGUAUCAGCGCCGCGAAGGAUUUUACAAAGCCCGAAGGACUACGAGUCGCCGACGCGGCCGUUACGGCAAGCCGGGCAAAUUUGCCCGUUACUUUUCAGCCCCGGGAUCACCGGCAUGAUCACGUCCCCGUUCGCAUCGAGCGAUUCGUUAACGAACGACGUCACGAGGGACCACAGCGACGGAAUUUGGAACGAGUCGCAGGCGACGGUUCUGCAGGCCGACUCGUUGGCUCUUUUGACACCGUCCUCGAGGAGAAGGCACCUCCUGCUUCUCCAGCAUCAGCAACGUUCCUCGAUGGACACCGAAGCGUUGGACAUCGAGGAGUCGAUGGAGUCACGUCCGUCGAGUCCGAGGAUACGUCUCGAGCCAGCGACACCCAUUCAACCUCUAACGCCAAGGCAAUUACUUCUCAGCGUCGAAUCGGCGAUGACGCCGUUGAACGGCCGGCCGAGAAGCGGAUUUCGUCGUCCGAGUCCAGGGCCGCCGUUGUCGCAGCCGCAGUCGCAGUCGUCGAGCGAGUUCGGGCUGAGCCUCGCCAGAACGGACUCCGGCGGUCGCACCAACACAGAUCUAUCGGAGACCUCGACCACCGAGGAUUAUGUCACUGCCAACACCUCCACCGAGACCGGGACCACAACGGGCACCUCCGCAACGACCAGUUCCUGGUCGAGGCCCCCGCAAACCUCGAGCGCCGCCGCCUCGGCCUCGGCCUCGGCGACAGCCACUGCCGCGGAGGGCAGCUCCUUCGAGAGCGCCAGCUCGAUUUACAGCCUAGCUCGCAGCGAGGUGAGUCACCCGUCCUUCCUUUUACUAACAGCCAGAGCUAUUGCAGCUGUAGGAAAGUUCGGGGUGGAAAGUUGA